GGCUGAGCGGAGCUGUCACCGGCGCGCAGUCUACACUAGUUCCCAGGUCUGCUCCUGCUGGCGGGGCUCAGAGCUCACACUAACCCCCGCACCCACCUGGAAAUGCCGCUGACCGCCUGAGCCACGACCGGAAUGGAAAUAAGAAAAGAAAAAAAGCAGCUGGAUAUGAGGAGUUGUUUGAUCCGGCUGGUGGUCGUGUGAGCCGUUUUACCGGCUUUAAGAGACAAACUCAUGUCGGCAGGUGCCAGCGGAUGAUGCAGGCUGUUCUCCACAAUUCAUCAUGAAUAUCAACCACUGGCCAUUUCUGGAAAGGCCCUCUGUCGAUGGCUCCCGCUCCGUAACAACCUCCUAUGCCUGAUCUGUAACACCUCCAGCUCACAGGCUGUGGCCACCAUGACACAGAUGGACUACAAGUACAGUCUGCUGGGCUCCACCGUGGACGACUACCGCAAGAGGCCGCUGCUCUUGCAGGUGGACGACACGCCUAUGAAUUUGUUUGCCGUCCUGGAGGUGAAGCGGGAUCUACCAAAGCGCUGGAACACCCUCGGCUGCUUCCGCAAGAUCCGUCUCUAUGGCUUCCUGUUCGGCCUGGUGGUCAUGUUCCUCAUCAUGGCUUCGUACAUUUUGACGGGGGACAAAAAGGGUCUCCUCCUCACGCCAUCUCCUUACCAUUUCAGCUUGGUAAGCCCCGGACCUUUUACUUUCAACCUUUCCUCGGUGAAGGAUUAUGCACAUAUCAAGUUGGUGGUCAAAUCCAUCACGUCCAAGGUGGAGUUUCGCAGCAGUCGGCAGCUUCCGGAGCAUAAAGCCUUGGUGAAGACCGAUCCACAUAUGUUUUCUGUUAUUCCUCGCAAAUUCCUACCUGGUAUCAAGAACCCCUGCUGGCAUGAGGAAUACACUGGCAACAACACCACAGACCCGUACAGGACAAAUUUGUAUGGACGCUAUUCGCGGCGCUUCCGGAUAGCUUUUCAGCACUUGAGGAACACUUUCCACGAACAUUUUUUUUAUCGCAACAGGAAACUCUACCGCAUACGGUGCCUUCCUUAUUUCUAUAUUAUUGGCCAACCAAAGUGUGGCACAACGGACCUGUAUGACAGACUGAGGUUACAUCCGGAUGUCAAGUUCACCAUUUUCAAAGAGCCGCACUGGUGGACCCGCAAGAGGUUUGGAAUUACUCGUCUCAGUGAGGGCUUCCAUGAUCGAUACCCAGUGGAAGACUACCUGGACUUGUUUGAUCAGGCUGCUUACCAAAUCCAGGGCAACUUCACAGCAAAUAGCGACAGAUACCCCAGCCACCCCAACAUCAUCAUAGGAGAGGCCAGUGCUUCCACCAUGUGGGAUAACAACGCCUGGGUGUAUUUCUAUGAAAACACCACAGAGGGGGAGCCUCCCUUCCUCAUCCAGGACUUCAUCCACGCCCUGCAGCCUGACGCCCGCUUCAUUGUCAUGCUCAGAGACCCAGUGGAAAGGCUCUACUCUGACUACCUUUACUUUGGUAUCGCCAAUAAGUCUGCGGAGGAUUUCCACGAGAAGGUGUCAGAGUCACUGCAGCUAUUCGAGGGGUGCCUUACAGAGUCCACAAUGCGCUCCUGUGUGUACAACACAACUGUCAACAACGCCAUGCCAGUGAGAUUGCAAGUUGGCCUGUACAUUGUCUAUUUAAUGGACUGGCUGGCCGUCUUCAGCAGGGAAAAGAUUCUGGUCCUUCGGUUGGAGGACCAUGCCUCUAACAGGAAAUACACAAUGCACAAAGUCUUUGAUUUCCUUAGCCUGGGGCCACUCACAAAAGAAAUGGAGUCCGAAAUCACGAGAAGUCCAGCGUCAAACACCAGGAGACCAGCUGACAAAAACCUGGGACCCAUGCUGCCCAUCACUAAGGAGAUCCUGAGAGACUUCUACAGACCCUUCAAUGAGAAACUGGCAAAAGUGCUGCAGAAUGACUCAUUUCUCUGGGAGAACGUCUUAAAGCUCUGAACAGUCGGGGUUUUGAGUCGUUCACUGACGUAUCAGCCAGCCCCUCUGCUCGGGUGACAUCUCUCUCAAGUGCCCACGAAAUUCCAUUUUUAAUUUUUUUUUUUUUUUUUGUAAAUUUAAAUUAUUUUUAAAUUAUAAAAGCAAAUAUGAAAUGAUGAAAAUAGCACAAGCAAAUGUGGAGGUUUUGUAUGAUUAUGUGUGUAUGUGUGUGUGAGAGAGAAGGAGUGUGUGAAUAAAAGUGAUGUUGGCAGGUUCGAUUGUUGUCUCAUGACCAGAUGUACAAAAUUAAAUAGUAAAUUUCAAUAUAUUAAAACAGAGGCUUAUGUUGUCUUUUUCCAUUUGAUUUGAUUCAUUAAAAAUACCCCUGCAGCCAGGACUGAAA